AAUAGUUUUGCAACAGCUGAGCUUUUCAUUCCGUGAUCACUUUUCGGUCAUCAUUGCAAAACCAGUGACUUCCAGUUUUUACUGCAGGCGCGAGACCCGCAGUGGGUGUUACUGACUGCUUCUCGCUCUCCUGCAAGCUUUGCAAAGGCUGCACUGCAGCACAGCUUAUCUAUUUACUUAGAAUGUCAGGGCUCCCUAGUGCCGGAGUCCAACGCUACUGCAAAAUUCUUGACAUUCAGUGACCCUUGGAACUGCCGGUCAGUAUAGAUGCGUAAUGCAUACAAGUCCGGCAGAAGAGUUUUUUUUCACUCUUUUUUCCAAAUUCUGUCGCACCAGAACCCACCUUUGCUUCGUAUCUUAUUUAGCUGAAGUAUAUGAUGUCCCCUUUAUCCCCAUGAUUGUCACUCAAUAAGCUGUUUGCUUGUUUGAUCAGCGUUACUGGCUGAACUGUUUUUCAAGGCUGCCUUUAUUUCUGCUGUUGUAACUUUUUGUGCACCAGCAGCCCAAACAUAGUCGGAAUCUCAGAAUCAUUCUGUCAGGAACAGUAAUAUUUUCUGUCAUGCAGACGGAGUGCAGUUUGUAUAUGAUGAACGGGCAGUAGGAUUAUUAACACCAUACAUCAUGGUUUUUCUGACAAGUCUUUUGCAGGGAUGGAGGAGAGGAACUUUCCUUAUGUUAUCCAGUUGUAGUUUCUUGCAGAUCCGCGGUCACAGUUCCCGUUCUAAGAAGAGUAAUCGGGUACGUGUUUUGGUGGACAUGGACGGGGUGCUUGCAGAUUUUGAAGGGGGAUUUCUUAAGAACUAUAGAGCCACGUAUCCAGAUGAGCCCUACAUUUCCCUGGAAGAUCGAAGAGGAUUCUGGGUCUCUGCACAGUAUGGAAUGAUUAGGCCAGAUUUAUGUAGGAUGAGAGGUGGGAUGGAGGCUGUUGUAAAGCAAAAGGCAAUCAGUAUAUGGGAGUCAAAGGAUUUCUUCCUCGAUCUUGAUCCCAUUCCUGGUGCAGUGACCGCUGUGAAGCAGAUGGUCAACCUAACAGACACAGAUGUGUUCAUUUGCACAAGUCCUAUAAUGAAGUACGACCAUUGUCCAUUUGAAAAGUAUGCUUGGGUAGAAAAGCACUUUGGACGUGAGUAUCUGGAGCAGGUGGUACUAACUAGAGACAAAACAGUUGUUUCUGCACACCUCCUGAUAGAUGAUAAUCCAGAUAUAUCAGGUGCUGAACCAAAUCCUUCCUGGGAACACAUCCUUUUUACAGCCUGCCAUAACAAACAUCUGCUGCUAAAGCCCCCCAAAAGACGUCUUCACUCGUGGACUGAUGACUGGCGAUCCCUAGUGAGCAGUGGAAGGCACUGAAGUCUUCAUGUCAUCACAUACCACAUUUGUAGUCUUUGUUUGUCACCUCAGUUAAACCUAAACUUUUUCUCAAGGAAUUUUAUUUAUAAUAUGAUAUGGUGCCUCAUGUGGUUUUUUUUGUUUGUUUGUUUGGGUAAUACCUUUUACAAUCUUUGAAACUAUGUUUGUAUUUUUUUUUUGCAAGUGGAAGGGGCCAUAUUUUAUUUUUCUGCAGUUAGUCUUGCUGAGUCUCAAGUGCCUUAAAUACCACUGGGGCAAGUGGGCAGGGCUUACAUGAUUAUAACAUUAACAGGGU